GUACACUAGCGGCGAGCAAGUAAUCUGAGGAGCGCCGUGGAAUUUAAGCGGUGCCAAAAGAAAAACGGACUCAUUGCCCAAAUCACGCACUCUUCUUUUGAUCAUGCAAACGCUGCUACUGCCGGUAUCUCACUAUGGCGUUUCUGCGGUGGCGGUGGGCAAAUUACCCUGCCGCCACCGACCAUCUAUCACUCCCUCGCCUCCAACUUUUCUCACUUCACCCAACACCCAGAAAGCAAAACCCGUCAUCUUCUCCUUAUUUGCUUCAAAUUGCACAGGAUCAAAACUCUCUUUCACCAGAAUAUCUUCCUCUUCAGUUCCACCCCCUUUCACCUCUAAUGAUGACACUGAGAAGGCAAAGGUUUCGAAGAGGUUGGAGAACACAUCAAGGUAUUUUAGGAGAUUGGGCAGUUUAGGGUUCUGGGUACAGCUAGUGUGCACUAUGGUGGCUGCUGUGAUUCUUUCGUUUUCAGUUGUUAUUACUGGGCAAAUCUCAUCUCCUGCUACUUUUUAUGCUACUGCUGGUGGUAUAGCAGCAGCAUUUGUAUCAGUGUUCUGGUCAUUUGGGUAUAUUCGGCUUGCGGACAAGCUUAAAAGUACUGCUAGUGAGCCUUCCAAGGCUCCACCUCGUGCUGAUGUCAUUAAAGGCUUGAGAAAUGGUAUAGUGUUGAAUCUUCUAGGAAUGGGUGCUACUAUUCUUGGCAUGCAAGCCACAGUGGGACUAUUGGUUGCAAAGGCUCUUACUUCCUCAGCAAAUCCUUACCAGAGAGUUUCUCCUGGCUAUAGUCCAGUUCUUGCAUUGGAUGUAUUCUUGGUGCAGGCAUCAGCUAACACCAUCCUUUCUCAUUUCCUGGGGCUUGUGUUCUCACUGGAGCUAUUGCGGUGGGUUACUUUACCUCUUGCAGAAACUAUUUCCGUUCCACAAGUUGCAUAAAUUCUGACUCCCCGGGUAAAUGUUGAGUUUGAAGCUUUAUCAAGAACAUGAUUUUAUAGUUCUAUUUGUUAAAAAUGUGGAAUCCUCAGAUUUUGACUGAGAGAUCCAUACGUACUGCAAGUCAAGGAUAUUUGGAAGAAUAAUAUAUAUAUAUAUAUAUAUAUAUUAUCUAAGAUUCUUUUAUAAUAAUAAAUAUUUAGGAAUUAA